AUGGCGAGGUUGUUGAAUCUUCAGGUGUUGGAGAUAGACCGUUGCCAUAAAUUGAAAUCCAUUUUUCCCCCGAAUUUAGAGGGCUUCCCGCCCUCCCUUCAGCAGAUGAAAGUCACCUGGUGUGAAGAAUUGACGUCUCUGCAAUUCGGUACGUCUCUCAAGAAAUUAACCAUAUUGCAUUGCCCAAAUCUGGAAUCUGUGCCGGCUGAUUUACUAAAAUUGCACUCCCUCUCAGAUUUAAGUAUUUGUAAGUGCAAAAGAUUGAGUAGUUUGCCGGAAGGGCUAUUGUGCUGCCUCCCCGAGUUGAAGAGCCUAGUGCUCGGAGAGUUUAAUGAGGAGCUGGAUGGUUUCCCCUCACUUCUCUGCAGCACCAACCACCACCGCCACUGCCACCACCAAUUCCAGCUUGAAUCACUACAUCUAUAUGGUUGGCCUAAGCUCAAGUCUCUGCCCAACCAUGAACAACUUCUUCCCCGCCUCUCUUCCCUACUAAUUCUCCGGAUUGAGACGUUUGGUCUUUUGCAAGCUCUACCGGAGUUGCUUCCGAAAAACCUUCGACAUCUAUUUCUUAUGGAUUGCGAAGACGAUGAGCAUCUGGUGGAAUCCGUGCGAAGCGUCACCAAAUCAAGAAACUUGAUUGUUAAUGGCCAAAUCAAGAAACUUGAUUGUUACAAAAAUUAGUGGUUUUUUUUUUUUGUAUUUUAUAAAAAUUUCAAUAUUUGACUGAAAUUUCCCAUAAAAAUGUGAAUAAGUAGAGUCUCAUUUUUCUCA